UCAAAAGUACAAUGUUCAUUUUUCUGUGAGUGAGGUCUACGUAACUGUGGUCUGUCGUCUUGAAGUCACCUUCAGGUAUGUAUAUAACAUUUGUCAUCAGACCAUUGGAAUAAGAUGAGAUUGCUCAAUUUCCAUACUCAUAACAUAUUGAUUUAUACGUGUAAUAAUCCCUAAAAGAACCUUUUCCUAUUCAGCCGAAUAAGACCACUGUAAUGAACGUCUGGCAGUACAGAAAUUGGCCGAAUAUUGUCAAAUCUAUAACGUCAGCUGGUUAUCGAGUUAUAGUUUCGGCAUGUUGGCAAAUCUCUCCUUCAAAUCAGGCGACUCGAUGGUAUGAUUAUCAUAAAUGUGAUAUUGGAGCAUUCGGAG